AAUAUAGCGAGAAAACAAUCGAAAGUGAAGAAAAUGGUUAGCUCGUUGGUGACCGACCACCUGCCUCAUUGCUUUUACUGCUGAAACUCUAUUGGCCCGGACGCCGGCUCCCUCCAAAGGCCCUCCAAGGCCAGCCUCGUCUCUCCCCUCGGUUCGGCAGUACUUUCUCAGUUCUUGGCUCGAUUCAAACACCAUCGACGGUUUUUUUUCUCUCAUCGUUGAACGUCCAGGACAACAACCGGCGAAAUGGUCUCCGGAAAAUCGCUAAAUGUUCGCGUUACGACGAUGGACGCCGAGUUGGAGUUUUCUAUCCAACAAUCCACAACCGGCAAACAGCUCUUCGACCAGGUGGUGAAGACCAUCGGCCUCCGCGAAGUUUGGUUUUUUGGACUUCAGUACACGGACGGAAAAGGGGACUCGACGUGGAUCAAACUCUACAAAAAGGUGAUGAACCAAGAUGUAAAGAAGGAAAGUCCUCUCCAGUUCAAAUUCCGUGCCAAAUUCUACCCCGAGGAUGUUGCUGAUGAAUUAAUUCAGGAUAUUACUCUUCGACUGUUCUACCUGCAGGUGAAACAUACAAUCCUUUCGGAUGAAAUUUACUGCCCCUCAGAAACUUCUGUUCUUUUGGCUUCUUAUGCGGUUCAGGCUAGGCAUGGCGACUAUAACAAAAACAACCAUGGGGCUGGUUUUUUAGCGAAUGAUAGACUUUUGCCCCAAAGAGUUAUGGACCAGCACAAAAUGUCAAAAGAUGAAUGGGAACAAAAUAUUACUACAUGGUGGCAUGAGCAUAAAGGCAUGUUGCGCGAGGAUGCCAUGAUGGAAUAUUUAAAAAUAGCUCAAGAUCUUGAAAUGUAUGGUGUUAAUUAUUUUGAAAUUCGUAAUAAAAAAGGAACAGAAUUGUUUCUUGGAGUUGAUGCACUUGGGCUCAACAUUUAUGAGAAAGAAGACAAGUUAACGCCAAAAAUAGGUUUCCCUUGGUCUGAAAUUAGAAACAUAUCAUUUAAUGAUAAAAAAUUUAUCAUUAAACCUAUUGACAAGAAAGCACCUGAUUUUGUGUUUUUGGCGUCGAGAGUUAGAAUAAACAAACGAAUCCUUGCAUUGUGCAUGGGCAACCAUGAGCUUUACAUGAGGAGGCGUAAACCAGACACGAUUGACGUCCAGCAGAUGAAAGCACAGGCAAAAGAAGAGAAGCAAGCUAAACAACAACAACGUGAGAAGCUCCAAUCUGAAAUUGCAGCUAGGGAAAAGGCCGAAAGGAAGCAGCAAGAAUACGAAGAGAAGAUUAAGUCAAUGCAGGAUGAAAUGGAAAAACGCCAACAAGACCUUCAAGAAGCCCAAGAAAUGAUCCGCCGGCUCGAGGAGCAGCUCAGGCAGCUACAACUUGCCAAAGAGGAGCUGGAGCACAAGCAAAAUGAACUGACUGUCAUGAUGAACCGCCUGGAAGAAUCAAAGAACAUGGAGGCAGUCGAAAGGGCCAAGCUCGAACAAGAAAUCAUGGCCAAGCAGGAGGAGGUUACUAGAAUCCAAAGUGUAGUAGAAGCCAAAGAUGAAGAGACGAGGCGACUUCAGGAAGAAGUAGAAGCUGUACGUAGGAAGCAAGCAGAGGAAGAGGUUGAAGCCGCAAGGCUGAAACAAGAGGAAGCUACGGCAGCAAUGCUUGCCUCUGCAACUCCUCAGCAUCAUCAUGUUAUGGAAAACGAUCAAGAUGAUAAUGAUGACAUGCCUAAUGGCAAUGUCUCCCGUGAUCUUCCUACUGAUGACAACAUUGUAGAUCCUGUUGAAGAGAGGCGUACUUUGGCUGAGAGAAAUGAAAGACUUCACGAUCAGCUCAAGAUGCUUAAACAAGAUUUGGCACAAUCAAGAGAUGAGACAAAAGAAACUGCUAUGGAUAAAAUUCACAGAGAGAACGUACGCCAGGGAAGAGAUAAGUACAAAACUUUGCGAGAAAUCCGUAAAGGUAACACAAAGCGCAGAGUAGACCAGUUUGAAAAUAUGUAAAAAUUUUAGAUUUUUUAGAGGCAUAUCAAUCAGAAAGAAUGUUUUAAUGCAAGCAAAAUCUGUGCAUUUUGGAAAUUUUGAAUUUAAUAAGAAAAAAAAAUUGGUCACUGGGGUUUUUUAAAUCAUCUUGCUUACCCUUGAGAAGAAAGUAUCAGUAACUCAUUCGAUUCCACAUUAAAAUUUAAAAACCCCUUGUGAUCAUUAGCAAUUGGAGACUUUUUAAACAAAUUUUCAUUUCAAAAAAAUUAUUUUACAGUGAAAGGCAUUUUAAAUUUACGAUGCCAAUAAGCAAAUCAUUCCAAAUAAAGUGAAUAUGGGUGUGGUAUUACCUUGAUUGCCAAAGUUAUUUGAACAUAAUCCAUUAAUAACGGGACAAAAAAUCUAUAUUGUAUCCUAUUAAGAGAAUUAUUUAUUUUUGAUGCGAAAUUAAGUGAUGAUUAAGUGUUGUGCCGUGUUCAAAAAAUUAUCGCUAUUUUUGUUAGAUUCUCAAAAUCUAUUACUUGUUAUACUCAGUUGUUUUCAAUCUGUUUCUCGUUUCAUGUUAGUUGGAUAGAGAUGCAAAAACAAUCCACGUAUUCUCUAAUGUUAUGUUUAACCGUUAAAAUGUCUCAGAUUACAGUUUGCAAAUGUUUUAAUAAGAAAUAUUAUUUUAUCGUAUGUGUCGUCUUCUACUU